GGCCCCGCCCCCGCCAUGCGCCAUCUCCCGCCCGGGCCGCGCCGCGCCCGGGCCGCGGGUUCGAGUCCGGGCCCGGCCCCGGUGCCGCCGCCGGUACCGGAACCGGGGCCGGGCCCGUUCCGGGGGCUCCUCCCGCGGCCCCCGCGCCCGGCCCGGCCGCUGCUGCCGCUGCUGCCGCUGCUGGCGGCCGCCGCCGUCCUGUUGGUGUGCUGGCCCGGCGGGGAGCGCGGGGCGAGCGGGCCGGACCCCCCAGAGCCCCCCCGGGACCCCCCCGGCCCCCUCUCGGACCACGCCCUGCGGAGCCUCCUGGCCCACCUGGACCCCGCCCGGCUCUGGGGGUCCCUCCUGAGACCCCUCCUGCACGAGAGGGUCCCGGGGGGGCCCGGCAGCCGCGCCGCCCGGCAGCACAUCCUGUCCCACCUGCGCUCCCUGGGCACCCGCUGGCACCUGGAGCUGGACACCUUUGCGGCGGCCACGCCCCGCGGGCAGGUGACCUUCAGCAGCGUGGUGGCCACGGCGGCGCCGGCGGGCGCGCGGCGCCUGGCGCUGGCCUGCCACUACGACACCAAGGUGCUGCCACCUGGCCGCGCACCUGGCGGCGCACCUGAGCCCUUCGUGGGCGCCACCGACGCCGCCGUGCCCUGCGCCCUCCUGCUGGAGCUGGCAUCGGCCCUGGACACGCACCUGAGCAGGAGAGCAGAGCAGGCCCCCCCCGUGACGCUGCAGCUGCUGUUCCUGGACGGGGAGGAGGCGUUCGGCACCUGGAGCGAGAGCGACUCCCUGUACGGGGCCAGGCACCUGGCGGGGACAAUGGCGGCCAGGGGACACCCCGCGGGGUCAGAGGUCACCGCCAUGAGCCUGCUGGUGCUGCUGGACCUGCUGGGUGGCCCGGCCCCCGCCAUCCACAGCCACUUCCCGCAGAGCCACCGCUGGUUCCUGCGCCUGCGCGGCAUCGAGCAGCGCCUGCGCCGCCUGGGCUUGCUGCAGUCGCCGCCGCCGCCGUUCUUCCGCCUCGGCCCCGCCCCGGGGCCCGUCGAGGACGACCACGUGCCCUUCCUGCGCCGAGGUGUCCCGGUGCUCCACGUGAUCCCGACGCCGUUCCCGCGGGUGUGGCACACCCUUGGGGACACCGAGGACAAUCUGCACCCCCCGACCGUGCAGGACCUGGCCAAGGUCCUGCUGCUCUUCGUGGCCGAGUUCCUGCAGCUCUGACCCCAAAAACCCCAAAAACCCCAAAAAUGACCCAAAAAUGACCCCAAAAAAUCCCAAACCCAAAACAACCCCCAAAACACGCAAAAAAAACCCCAAAAAAUCUGAAAAAAACCCCAAAAAAUCCCAAAAAUCCCCCCGGACCUGGCCAAGGUCCUGCUGCUCUUCGUGGCCGAGUUCCUGCAGCUCUGACCCCAAAAACCCCAAAAAUGACCCCAAAAAUCCCAAACCCAAAAUAACCCCCAAAACACGCAAAAAAACCCCAAAAAAUCUGAAAAAAACCCCCAAAAAAUCCCAAAAAUCCCCCGGACCUGGCCAAGGUCCUGCUGCUCUUCACGGCCGAGUCCUGCAGCUCUGACCCCAAAAAACCCCAAAAACCCCAAAAACCCCAAAAAUUACCCCAAAAAAUCCCAAACCCAAAACAACCCCCAAAACACGCAAAAAACCCCCAAAAAAUCUGAAAAAACCCCAAAAAAAUCCCAAAA